AUGGGAAAGCGUGCCAUCUACCGGGUAGAACUUGAGCACAAGGCAUAUUGGGCAAUUAAAGCAAUGAAUUUCAGCCUUUCCCGGGCUGGUGACCAAAGAAAGUUGCAAUUGAAUGAGUUAGAUGAAUGGCGUUUGAGAGCUUAUGAAAAUUCACGAAUCUACAAAGAAAGAAUACGUCUAUGGCAUGAUAAGCACAUUAGACUGCACAAGGACUUCAAAGUAGAUAUGGCACCACGGACCAAGAGAUUGGCUCAGAAACGUCCUCGCCAUGACAGGGAGCCGACUCCACCAUCAGCAGUGGAAUUUCCUGACCCCGUUCAUCAGCAACGGUUCGAUCGUCUCCAGAAUCUCAAGAUUGGACAGUCACAAUUUAUCGGCGGGAUGCACUAG